AGCGCGCGUUUCCGACGAUCGCAAGCUCGUCGCUCGAGCGACGAUCAUCGCUGACCUGUCCGAGAGAUCUCUCGAUUGUUCUUUCCUUUCUGAUUACCGCCGAGAUUCCCGACCGCAAGUCGAAAUCGGAACCGUCGAAGGGACUCGAUUUCAUCGCCGGAGUCAUUUUUCCCGGACAGCAAAAUGUCGAUAAGCGGGGCGUAAGACGUACAUCCUCAAGAUACCUCAGAGACGUCUCGGAGAUAUCCUAAAGGACGUAUCACGCCCCGAUUUCGGAUCUCGUGCCGUCCGUGCGAUAAAAGUGUGCUUUGUCGCGAGCUUUCGACGAAACAGGCCGAUCGGCUGUGACGAUCGCUGAUUCGCGAUAUCGUGUGGUCCCGGCGAUUCGCCCGGGGAAAGAAAGCUCCGCGUGUUUGCAAGCAUGCGUCGGCUCGUUUCGCGCCGUGCAUCAUACGCGUGAGGCGGAAAGUGUCCCGAUCUGGGACAGUCCAGGUACCCCACCCGCGAUUCAGCGAUCCAUCGUUCCCGGUGGCCUCCGCUCCCUCUUUUCUCGCCUCUCCCCUCGGCUCUCUCUCUCUCUCUCUCUCUCGGUGCCUUCCCUUUCGAACUUUGGUCCUUGCUGCCAUCCGGCGGUAAGGUUUACUAAGAGAGCACGCGUCCUCCGAAGGUUCAGUACAAAACGCGCGCUCGGACUCGAAGGAUCUUUGGAUCCGCCGGCUGAUAGAGAAGAGAAAGAGAGGAACUGGUCGACUCGGCCGGAUCUCGAUGCUCGGCUGAAACGGUCCGAGUGUGGAUCCCCUCGCUCGUCCAGCAUCCACCGGCGACCCGUCGCGAUUUCGGUGCUCGAUCGCGGGAAAAUCGCAAUGUGGCGCCGCGGAGUCCUCCUAGUGUCGUUCGCGCUCAUAGCGCUCGGAUCCACGACGAAAUGCCCGAAGAGAAAAACCUCGCCCGUCAGAGAAAUCCUCUGCUACACUUCCACUUUCGAGGCGCAGCUGCUCGCCGAUUCCGUGUGCGGCUGCACCACUCUGGUGCAUCAAAAUCAUGACGUGCGAAAUCUCUCGAUUUCCGAUAUCGCCGAUUUGCGGAAGUCCUUGGGAGAGAUGCAUCCGCCUCUUCAGUUCGUAAUUUCUAUACACGACCCCGAGAAAACGCUGAGAACUUCCGCCAUGCUGCGGCAGGAGGCGAUCGCUCGUAUUAUUGCCGUCAUGAAAGAGGUGGAUGGCGUGGAGCUGAACGUGACAGCGGGUUCUAAGGAGCGCCUUUAUAAUUUCGUGAAAAGCCUGAAAGACGAAAUGAUCAGGAAAUCCUACGAUAAAAGGAUCUUCGUGACUUUACCCAGUAAAUCCGAGGACUUGGCCAAGCAGUUCGAUCUUAAAGAACUCGCCAAGUACGUUGAUUUAUUUACGCUGCCAACGGACUACUUGACAGACGAGGAUAGCACCUUUGUCACCUUUCACCCCUCGCGUCUAAUAGGACUCUUCGACAUACUGAACACGGACAGCUUAGUGGACUUGAUAAUCGGAUUAGGAGCUCCGAAACGCAAGAUCUUAGUGUCCUUGCCGGCUAAUGCGUAUGAAUUUACCUUGAAGGACGAGUCUGAGAACGUUCCUAGGUCGGAAACUACCGAAAAGGAACCUACUCCGAUCGAUCGUAAGCAGCUCUGCGAGGCUAUAACCAGCGGAGAAUGGACCGUGGAGCGAGAUGAGGAUCUCACGGCGCCGUACGCCUUUCGAAACAAGACGUGGAUCUCUUUCGAAGAUAAGAUUUCAGUUGGAAUAAAGGGAAAAUACGCCUUUCUCCGCGACUUAGCGGGAUUGGCGGUGCGGAAUAUAGAGAACGAUGUGAAAACUGAGUGUGAGAGACCAAUCACGCACGAAAUUCAUCAAUCCUUCACGGAACUCAAGAGGAAAUCCAGGCACGCCGUGCUCAACGCGCUUGAGGACGAGCUUCACCAAGCCCAAUUUUCGUAUCCGAAUCAAGCGAAAUCGUCCAACUUCCGCGUUGUUCGCGCGGUAGACACGGAGGGACACAUCAGAGCUGUGCGCGAAAACACGCAAACAGAAUUCAUCUGCAGGAGACAGGGCUACUUUGUACAUCCCAAGAGUUGCAACAGGUUUUACCGCUGCGUGAAAUUCAAUCAAGAGAUAGAAGAUUACUCCGUCUUCGAAUUCGAUUGUCCGGCCGGCCUGUCGUUCGACGAACGCACGGAGGUUUGCGUCUGGCCGGGCUCCCUGCCUCAGGGCUCGCCGUGUCCUGGCAGCAGCGAAAUCGCUCCUGUCGCGGGGAAAAGGUUCGAAUGUCCAUCUCGAUCCGGCUACUACGCGGAUCCGCAAAACUGUCGUUGGUUCUUCGCUUGCAUGGACUUGGGCGGGCCGGAAUUAAUGGCGUUCGAGUUCCGUUGCCCGUAUGGAUUGGUGUUCGACGAGACCAAGUUGGUGUGCGAAUGGCCCUGGCUGGUGCCGGCUUGCUCCGAAUCCGGAUCGGCUUACACCAGGACGGAGUACGACUACAGAGGAUACACUACGGGAACUUCAACUGGAUUCGGUACCGGAGGUUACGUUACCGGCAGCAUACCCGGAUAUUCCGUCACUACUGGGCCGGCUUAUUCCGGCGCAGAUUACUCGAAAACAACCGUUGCUGGCGCUCACGGGACCAGCGGGCCGAAUUACUUCGGAUUCACCACAGGACACGCCGGUGGACAUCAGGCUGGUAUUUCGACUGCUAGAGUUGGUACGAUCUCUGGACACGCGGGAUCGUCUGGCUCGUCUGCGAUCGGCUAUUCUGGAUCAACCGGACCGUACGGAGGAUCGGUACCUGUUUCGACGUAUCCGGGAUCGCUUGAUAUACACGUUGCUUCGGUAUCGCCCGGUGUAACCGUUGGAGGAAGCACGAGAUAUCCCGCGACGAGUAGCGGGAUCGGCAGUACCGGACAUACCGCGUCCGGUGGAGCUGGAUAUUCCGGAUACACCGGUGGAGUUGCUGGAUAUGCCGACACUGGAUCGAGCGGUAUCGCUACAGGUAUUUCGGCGUCCACGGGAGGCUAUUCGGGAGAUUUUGGCGGAGGUCAUUCAACGAGAGGUGGUACAACUUACUCGGGAACACCCGAGUCCGGUUAUCCCGGCCCUACAGUAUACCCUACGGGUGUACGUCCAGGAAGCGUCGGUGGAAGUCAUCCUGCAGCGGGAGUAAGUUAUUCACAGCCGGGAACGGGCUAUUUCGGUUCCACACAAUCGCUUGGAUCGCCCAUUGAUAUUCAUAUAGACUCUACCGGGCUUAAACACGACGGAUCGACGGGUCAGUACGCAGAAUCCGAUGCUUUUAACCAACCAGGAAGCGUCGUGAGUGCGACCGGCAAACCCUACGUCCCGCAGAUAGGCGUAACUUAUCAAGGUAUCGGCGGGAGCGACGCUGCAACGAGAGGGUCGACCAGCUAUUCGAGCGGCACGUUGACUGGAGGGUUGACGUCUCCGAGCUCCCCCUAUAAACCUGGUGGCGGAGGACGCGUCACGUUCAACGCUCCUUACGACACCGGCAAAUACCCAGAAAUGCAUCGUGUCGGUGGUGGUUCAGCUUCCAGCAACGCCUAUUCAGGAGCAACCGGACGUCAACCAUCGUCCAGCACAACAGGCUUCUCGUUAUACGGAAGCGUGCCUGAAUUCCCCUAUUCGGGAGCUACCAGUGGCGGUGCCGAAAUCGCAGGAUCGAUUAACGGAGGAUACACGGGAUCCACUACGGAAGAAUGUCAAGACUCGGUUGGUGCAGAAUACUCGAAAGUUACUGAUGGAAUCAGCGUCGGUUCUGUUGGAAUUGGUGUGAAUCUGCCGAGCGGUUCUGGGGUAGACUCAAAACCAGGAUAUAUACCUUCCGAUAUCCCCGGGCGUCCUGGUGUUACGACCGCCGUUACGACCGGCCAUUCGACAAGAGGUGGUGCACAAUUUUCUGGAGCGACGGGUACUUCGUCAACGGGCGUAAGGUACGACGAUGAGGAUGGGUACACGGUUCCUGUGUUCAUACGACCAGCGGAACCGAUAUAUCCUUUGAUCGGAACAACAGGAGCGCGGGAUCACAGCAGAACGACUGAGACGUAUGGGAGCAGAGUAACGAGCGGCUAUGCGCAGCCUGGUUUAGCGAGGCCUCACUUGAAUGUCAGCAUCUUCAACGAUCAAAUUUCCACCGACUAUGUUCACGCAGGCACUACUGGUGCAAUUAUGAGCGGGGCUAGCGUGGAAGGAAGUAUCAUUACCGACGACUCUCUAUCGGGCACCAUUCUCAGUCACGGAAGUACUUCCGGAGCGGUGUCGGCUACCGCCAGUGACCAAGGUGCUAUCACAACCGGAGGAGCUCAUCCUGGCUACAUAGCUACCUCCUCCGGAACACCGGGAUACGUGGUCACGGACGGAGAGAGGAAGAUUGACGUUGGAUCGGCCGGUGGAGGUACAAUAAUAUAUGGAAUACCGUCGUCUGGAAUUUCAUCGACCGGCCCGUCGACGCCCGGAGUCGUAUUGAAAGGCGACCUUGCGCCGAAUGUCCUGGUUUCCGGACAACCCGCUUUCGGAGUGUCUCUAGGCGGCUCCAUCCAACCAGGAAGCGUCGUGAGUGCGACCGGCAGACCCUACGUCCCGCAGACAGGCGUAACUUAUCAAGGUAUCGGCGGGAGCGACUCUGCAACGAGAGGGUCGACCAGCUAUUCGAGCGGCACGUUGACCGGAGGGUUGACGUCUCCGAGCUCCCCCUAUAAACCUGGUGGCGGAGGACGCGUCACGUUCAACGCUCCUUACGACACCGGCAAAUAUUCAGAAAGCGACCUGCCGGACUACAGGCCGACCAGUGCCACCAUUCCUGACUCAAUCGUAUCUGGGGGCAAGAUAGAGAGCACCGGAGGUGUCGUCCUCGGCUCCACCGUGUCCGGAAUUCGAGGCCCGAGCACCACCGCUCCAGGAUAUUCCGCAACCAGACCGUCCGUCUUCACACCGAGUGGCUUCACAAAGACCGGGCCAACCAAGACGGGUAUAACCACCGCCGUUCUAAGCGGCGGCGGUAGUUACUCGGUAAGCACAAACGAGCGUCGGCCCAUUUUGAAUCCCGAUAACAUCGGCGAGAAAGCGUUCGAAGGGAACGUUAUUGAUUACACCAGGACAUCGUCCAUUGGCAACAUCGACCGCCUAUUUUCUACCUUAACUCCGCCCGGCUACUCCUCGACACCUGCACCAGGUGGCCGCGUAACUCUACAGUCAGCUACCCCCGGUUAUUCGUAUCCCAAGCCAACCGUGAAAUUUGUAACUGGUGGUGCUUCCCCCGCCGCGCCUAUUUUACCGACCGACGGUAAUCUGCCAGUUACGACCCCAACACCGUUCUUGAGCGUCGAGCUGCACAAUGGACCACCCGAUAGAACCAGCGUGUUCGGAUCGAAGUUACCUACUGUGUCGAGUGGCUUCCCGACGCCGACGGUCGCGCCUGUAGGUUACACCACCAAGCAACCCGGGACUUACCAAACUACCCUGUUUGGAGCGGCUAAGAUCCCGGGUGCUGUGUCGACCGGCAGACCCGUCUUCGACACUGGUUACAAGACGGUGAUCGUCCCUACGAAUAUCCCGGCUUCGGUAUUCACCGAGGACAGGUUUACCCAACGGAUCGGUGGCUCGCAGGCCGGAUCAAUAUCCACGCCUACUGGUUUUGGGGUGCCUUUCCAACGGACCGAUACAAGCCCGAAGGACUACAGUUCCUUCACUUCACCGUCUCCGGUUUUGGGAUAUCUUCCUGGAGGGCCGAGCGAACCUGGUGUGACCGCGUCCACCGCGAAGUACGACGUGCCCACGGUAACCGGGCGACCAGAAUUCGUGGGGGUGACUUACAAGAAACCUUCGCCAGGCUUCUCCGGCGUUACGUACAAGAGUCCGUCUUCCGUCGUGUCGCCCACCACGUUCAGGCCAACCGAUACGUACUAUCCUGGCCAAGGAUUUUCGACUCCGUCUUCCUCGGGAACGACUGCCGGCGGUGGUUCCCCGACGAACUUGGAUAUCUCGAGGGAUGAGAUCGACAAACUGAUCACCAACUACAGGGGCACUGUUAAAUACACGCCGAGCGUGUACGACAGCUCCGCAAGCUCAGGGCACGAUUUUACGUCAACGAAAAAGUUCUCCUCGUCAUCCUCGUCCACAAAGACCGGCGGUACUUUUGCUAUCGCAUCUGGCCCCACCACAUCUUCUUACGAGGUCACCACGAAGCCCGAAGGUAAAGGCAAGGUGAUCGUCAAGUGGAGCGAUCUUCAUCCGCUUCUUCUCGGUAAGCUCGGAGCGGACUGCACGUGCAAGGCCGAUCCGUUCGCUAACCUUCGCGGCCCCGGCGAGAAGAAGUUGAUCGCCUCUUCGAGGGGCAAGGUGGAUCUGGCCAAUUACGACGAGUCCGACGUCUACGUCGAUCUUGAGGACGGCGAAGAGGGCGACUACGUCACGAAUUACGGCGACUUUUCGCCUCAGCCCUACAAAAUCAGCGGACCGCUCGAAGUGACGAGUGUCGCAACGGUCUCGUCCAACUUACCAGCUUCCUCUUACCUACCUUCAGCGAUGCCCCCAACGAUCAGCGAGCCACCCGCGAAGAAUAACGCGCUGGGAGAACCGAACAGAUUCCGGGGUGGUCUUCGGGUCGGCAAGAAGCUGAACGACGUCGCACCGUCACCGAACUCGAUCACCUCGGAGGAAGACGAUCCCGACCAAAUCAUCGACGGUGUAAUCGACUGCGCCAGGCCGGGUCUCUUCCGACACCCCAAUCUCUGCAACAAAUUCUACGCUUGUUACUGGGACCAGUGGAAGAAGAAGUUCACCCUUCACAUUUUCAACUGCCCCGUCCACUUAACGUUCGACUCGCACGCUGGCGCAUGCAAUUGGCCGAGCAAAGGCCCGGCUUGCCAGGCCGACAAUUUGUUAGUGUAGCUCCCGUCAUCUCGGCGACUUUUUCACCGUCCCAGGAGAUUUCUUCCCAGUUCUCUCGUGUACAUAAAUAAAUAAGAGGAUAACGUUUAA